AUGACGGAGUCUGAUGAGCUGCUGGACUCUGUCAGGCUGGUGAAUGGGACCAGUCUGUGGUCAGGCAGACUGGAGGUGAAGACUAACCCGUCGACCCAGGGAUGGUCCUCGGUGUGUGAAGAUGACUUUGACCAGCAGGAUGCAGAGGUGGUCUGUAGGGAGCUUGGCUGUGGGGCUCCUUCAGUCCUCCAGGGGGCACUCUAUGGAGAAGUGGAGGCUCCAAUGAGGACCAAAGAGUUCCAGUGUGGAGGCCAUGAGUUGGUGGGAGGAGCCAGUCGCAAAUAUAAGGGAGAAUGGAGACCAGUGAAUGACUUUUAUUCUGUCCUGACCCUGAAGGAAGCAGCUGCUGCCUGCAGAGAGUUGGACUGUGGCUCUGCUCUUUCUGUAGGAAAGAGAGAGUCCUCACGCAAACCUGUGUGGUUAGUCUUGUCAAGCUGUGUUGAGUCUAGAUCUGCUCAGAGGGAGUGUGCUACAUCAUUUUACACUUCCUCCAUCCAGGAUCUCAUCUGCCCAGACCUGCUGCUUCAGCCCGACAUCUCUGUGUCCUCCUCCAUGGACGGGAUCUCUGAGGCCCAGCAGCAGUGAUUCCAGGUGUUCUGGCGCUCAAACUUCACCAUCAGCUGCUCCAUCCAGCCACAGUACCCAGGAGGCUCCUUCCAGCUCACCUUCACCUCCUCCGACUCAGCACACAACUCCACCGAGCCAGCUGUCAAUCACUCUGCCCACUUCCUGUUUCUUGUUGCAGAGCCUGCCCACCAAGGAAGCUACAGCUGUGUUUAUCACCUCUAUGUUUUCUCUCAUAACUUCUCCUCUGAGAGCCGUCUGCUCUCUCUCACCGUCAUAGGUAAGCUGACUGUUUACAGGAUUGGAAAAGAUGAUUGGUCCAAACUGAGUGAAAAUGAUCAGCUGACAUGUUUCUGGACUGACACUGUGAUUACUGUCAUCUUGUGUCAUAUAAUAACCAUACUUAUACAAAGUGUUUAAAUGGCAACAAUAAACAAACUGGACAGAGCAUGUGUGGUUUCCAGAAUAACUCUGGUUCUCUGAGAACUGAGUGAGGUGUUUCACUAUUAGAAGCACCUUCUGACGUGACCAAUCACAAAGCUCCACUGCCACCACAUCUGUCCUAACAUCCCUUAGCCCCUAACUCGCCAUUUUCAUGUGUAGUUCCUCCACCUGACAGAAGCAGGAAGGGUGGGUGGUCUGAUACCUCAAACCUGUUUUAUGCUUCUUGCGGUGAGUGCAGUCGGGCGGUGUGGACAGUGAUAUUACAGAACUGCAGCCUGGGGGGCUGUGUGCAAAGGCCCUGAUCUGAGCUGUGCACAUUUAAGCUUUUGUAACAACCCUGACUGGGCCAAUCAUUGCAACAGAACGGGUUGCAAUGAUUGGCUACAAAAUAGAAGAACUCCAUUUUUGGAACCGCUCUGACUGCUUUGACCGCUUCAGUAUAAAGACGGAUGAUGACGGUUCCUGGCAAUCAUGUGCACUGUCUACAUUGUUCUGACCAGGCUGACAGCGAGAAGCAUGAAACCAGUCACUCAGUGCUCUGAGAACCGGGUUAUCAUGGAAAACUUUUUCCAACCUCACUCACUAACUCACUGUGGGAAAUAUGGUCCACCCCCAAACUGCAGGAGGACCGACACUCUCCUCAUGGUCUGCCCCACUCUCAUU